AUGGCGUCGUCCCAUCAGCUUAUCUGGGCGCUGUGCACCCUGCUGGCCGCGGCGCACGCCCGCAAAGCGUACCCGUGCUGCACGUGCGGCGAGAACGGGGUGCUGGAGCCCCCCGAACGAGACGAGGGCGGAGAGGCGCUGGGCACGCACUGGAAGCCGCUCAUGGACGCCAAGGAGUUCUGCGACUCGCAGGCGAAGAAGGUCGACUUGCACGGCAAGAGGCUGGAAGCGUUGCCGGAUUGUCUGAGUCCCUUUGCUGUUGAG